UCUUCGAUUGAGAUCAUUUCGUAAGAUGUCUGCAGCGCGAUACUCUUCAGGAUGUACAAUUUUGCUUGUACUGCUUGCCACGUCCGCGUUCUGCGACGAAGUGCUGCCCGAUCCGGUUGUUUGCCUGAAAGUGCAGAAUCAGCUGUGCAUUCGGGGCAGCUUGCGGACUUCGGCGAUGAGCAGCUCGUACGAGGCGUUUCUGGGAGUCCCAUUUGCCAAGCCACCCGUUGGAGAGCUGCGGUUAGCGAAUCCAGUUCCGAACGAUCCGUGGAGUGGGAUUUACGACGCGAGGCAGCCGAAACCUCCGUGCAUUCAAAGGAUCGAUGUGCAAACUCCAGCUGGAAACAUCGUCGGUGACGAAGAUUGCUUGUACUUGAACGUGUACAGACCAAGCUUGAUCGUGGAGUCGCUCCCGGUUGUAGUUUACAUUCACGGAGGAGCCUUCCAGUACGGUUCGGCAGCGCCAUCCAAUGUAGGUCCGGAGUAUUUCAUGGACAACGGGAAGGUCAUCUUGGUAACGGUUGAGUACCGACAGGGAGCGUUGGGAUUCCUUUCGUCUGGUUGUUCGGUUAUCCCUGGGAACUUUGGCCUGAAGGAUCAAGCAAUGGCGAUCAGGUGGGUCAAGAGGUACAUCCACAGGUUUGGCGGGGACCCGAAUUUGAUUACCGUUGCAGGGCAAAGCUCCGGUGCAGCCAGUGCGCAACUCCACAUGAUGUCACCGCUGAGCAGAGGACACUUUUCCAGAGCGAUCAUGAUGAGCGGAAGUGCUUUGUCAUUUUGGGCGGCUCCGAGCAAGGAUUCAGCUUACGUUGCUCGACAGCAGCUGGCGGUCCUGGGUAUCCAAUCUUUCGCUGAAAUGUCCAGCCAGGACAUGCUAGCCACUCUUCGUAGCGUUGAAGCUUACGAUCUGGUCAAGUCAAUAGAUAACUUGAAGCAGCUACUCGGGAUUGUCCGAUCGUUGGUUGUGUACGGACCAGUCGUGGAACCGUUUGUAAAAAGACAGAGUUUUUUGUCGGACGAUCCGCAAAAACUCUGGGAUGCUGGAGACUACGAGCCGAUUCCCUGGUUAGCAGGACUGUUGCCCAACGAUGGACUUAUAUUUUCAUCUCUAGGAUACAAGUUGAACGCAGAUCCCGAAAUUUGGUCACAAAUUGUACCCCAACUUCCGUACAUUCUUACUGCCAGUAUCGGACUAGAUCUAUCCGCAGCAACCCGAAUCAAGAGUCGCUUCUAUCCAGAUUCCACCAGCCCGGAGUGGCUCACGUCACAGAAUCUAAACAAACUCACAGAUAUGGUAACAGAGUCCGCCUUUACGUACCCGUUGCUGCACUCGAUCCGGUCACAUCUGCGGAACGGUUACGCGAAGAACGCACCCAUCAGCUUGUACCACUUCAACUUUACCGGACCGUACUCGUACGCAAACUACCUGUUGCCGAACUCUGGACAAAGCCUCGGAAUCUGCCACAGCGAUGAGUUGAUCUACCUGUUCGAUAGUGCGCUGCUGUUUCCACAGUUUGCACCCGGGUCGGCCGGAAGGAUCAUGUCGGAGAGGUUUGUGGCGUUUAUGGUGGACUUUGCUCGCUACGGAAUAACUCAACCCGUCAGCGGAUCCUGCCAGAGUCUUGAGCAGUGCAUGAUGAAUGAGUUCUUCAACAGGGAUAGUGAUAGGAGACCGGUUGGGAUGGGACAGGUGUCCGCCAUUGAUGGGGAGUUGCUGGCUUUCUGGGAUGAUCUUUACAUAAAACAAUAA